CGGAGCGAGCGCGGAGGCGGAAGUUCCCUACCGGCUAGAGGUGGGGGACGGCGCAGGCACCGCGAGCCACUUGUCAGAGCUGGUCUGAGGCGGAGACUGCGCCGCGCGGGUCCGGAGUUUCUUUCAUUUUCUGGAACUGCACAUUGAACCCUUGGAACCAUGAGCAGCUACAGCGUGUCGUUGGUUGGCCCAGCUCCUUGGGGUUUCCGGCUCCAAGGCGGCAAGGAUUUCAACAUGCCUCUGACAAUCUCUAGUCUGAAAGAUGGCGGCAAAGCAUCGCAGGCGCAUGUGAGGAUAGGUGAUGUGGUCCUCAGCAUUGAUGGAAUCAGCGCACAUGGAAUGACUCAUCUUGAAGCCCAGAACAAGAUUAAGGGUUGUACAGGCUCCCUGAAUAUGACUCUGCAAAGAGCCUCUGCUGCAGCCAAGCCUGAGCCUGUUGCUGUCCAGAAGCCCACAGUCACCAGCCUGUGUACCGAGUCUGCUCAGGAGCUAGCAGAGGGACAGAGAAGAGGAUCGCAGGGUGACAUUAAGCAGCAAAAUGGCCCACCAAGAAAACACAUUGUGGAGCGCAACACGGAGUUUUACCACAUACCCACACACAGUGAUGCCAGCAAGAAAAGGCUGAUUGAGGACACUGAAGACUGGCGCCCACGGACUGGAACAACUCAGUCUCGUUCCUUCCGGAUCCUUGCCCAGAUCACCGGGACUGAGCAUCUGAAAGAAUCUGAAAAUGACAAUACAAAGAAGGCAAAGAUUGACAGUCCUCUGGAAGACCUACUCACAAAUGGACCGCAGCCACCUGCAGCUCCCCAGGUGUUAAAUGUUCAUAGCCAAGUAGCCACACUUUCUAAAGUAGCAGCCACUUGCUCUAGUGUUAGCAGCUCUACAAGAACUGUAGAAGGUUUUUUGGAAGGUUUUGGAAACUUUUCUGCCUUUUCCUCUCCUGCUAGAUACAGUGCUGCAGUUGUCAGCGGUGCAGCUGCCACUGUGUCUGCUGCUCUUGCUGCAAAAACCAGGCUCUCCGGCCCUCAGUUCCUUCUAGAUGCCCUGUGCAUCAGCACUGUCCCCAAGCCUCUAGCUCUUUCCUGUCUUCAGUCCUCCGAGAAGUCAAGUGGCUCUAUCCAUGUUAAGACAAGCAGCAGUACUCAGGAGCCUUCUCAGCAGUCAGCUUCCUCGGGAGCUUCACCUCCCAGAGCAUCUGAGAGUCUGGAGAGCCCUCCGAGCAGGCCAGGGGUGGCUGGCCUCAGGACCGCUGCCGCUUUCAAGCCUGUAGGAUCCACCAGCGCCAUCAAGUCCCCAAGCUGGCAACGCCCAAACCAAGCAGCACCUUCUACUGGAAGAAUUUCAAACAAUGCAACUUCCUCAGGUACAGGGGCCCCUGUGAACUCAGCUGUGGGGCCACCCCAGCCAAGUGAGCAAGACACACUGGUGCAGAGAGCUGAGCACAUUCCAGCAGGCAAGCGAACUCCCAUGUGUGCCCACUGCAACCAAGUCAUCAGGGGACCUUUCCUUGUGGCUCUGGGAAAGUCUUGGCAUCCAGAAGAAUUUAACUGUGCUCACUGCAAAAAUACUAUGGCCUACAUUGGGUUUGUUGAGGAGAAGGGGGCUCUGUACUGUGAGCUUUGCUAUGAGAAAUUCUUCGCUCCUGAAUGUGGCCGGUGCCAGAGGAAGAUCCUUGGAGAAGUCAUCAAUGCUUUGAAACAAACCUGGCACGUGUCCUGCUUCGUGUGUGUGGCUUGUGGAAAACCCAUUCGUAAUAAUGUUUUCCACUUGGAAGAUGGAGAGCCCUACUGUGAGACUGAUUAUUAUGCCCUUUUUGGAACAAUAUGCCGCGGAUGCGAAUUCCCCAUAGAGGCUGGUGACAUGUUCCUGGAAGCUCUGGGCUCCACCUGGCAUGACACUUGCUUUGUGUGCUCUGUGUGUUGUGAAAGUUUGGAAGGGCAAACAUUUUUCUCCAAAAAGGACAAGCCACUUUGCAAAAAACACGCUCAUUCUGUGAAUUUUUGAAAGUCAACAGUUCCAGGAAAGAGAAGGAAUUUGAAGAAAAAGGAGGAAAAUUAAAAUUACCCAUUUAAUUUUUAGUUUUAAUAUUUAAAUGGAGUUCUAAAAAAUAAUAGUAGCCAUGAAGGGAUAAACUCCAACAUUAAAACCCAGGUCUUUGAGAAAACAGUUGGCUUUAGAAAGUCCAGACAGUUUGGCAUUUAUUACACCUUGCCUGAAUUUUCUCCCGAUGAAAUAGCCUUUCUGAAAAUCAAUUUCCCAGCUAUUAAGUUCAUCUUAGACUAAAUUAGCAAAGGAUUACAUUGUAGAAUUAAAAAUCCAGGCUCCAUGCUGAAGUGAUUCUUUCCCUGUCAGGUAGCAUAAGAAUCCACAGAAGGCAAUAAAAGUGCCUUAAGCUUUAUUAAAAAGAGUAAUUGUUUAAUAACCCAUUUUAUCUUUAAAAUAGUAUGUAGGAGUUUAAAUAUAUUUCUUGAGUAGGCAGUAUCUUUUUUCUUCUUAGUGUGUGUACAUGCUUUGGUCUUCUCAUUGGCACUUUCAGGAAGGUGGUCCAAGCAAGUUUUUGAU